GCGCGGCUAGAGAAUCAGAUUGCGCCCGCAAGGCGGAAAUGCACGUGAGCAGGUUCCGGCCAUCGCGUCGGCAGCACAGGCGGCGGAAUGGAGGAGGUACCUCACGACUGUCCAGGGGCCGACAGUGCCCAGGCGGGCCGAGGAGCCUCAUGUCAGGGAUGCCCCAACCAGCGGUUAUGCGCUUCUGGAGGGGGCGCUACUUCGGACCCGGCCAUAGAAGAAAUUAAAGAGAAAAUGAAGACCGUGAAACACAAAAUCUUGGUGUUGUCUGGGAAAGGUGGUGUUGGGAAAAGCACAUUCAGCGCCCACCUUGCCCAUGGCCUAGCAGAGGAUGAAAACACACAGGUUGCUCUCCUGGACAUCGAUAUAUGUGGGCCGUCCAUCCCCAAGAUAAUGGGAUUGGAAGGAGAACAGGUUCACCAGAGUGGCUCAGGCUGGUCUCCAGUGUACGUGGAAGACAACCUGGGUGUUAUGUCGGUAGGCUUCCUGCUCAGCAGUCCUGAUGACGCUGUUAUCUGGAGGGGACCCAAGAAAAAUGGCAUGAUCAAGCAGUUCCUCCGUGACGUGGACUGGGGAGAGGUGGACUACCUCAUCGUGGACACGCCACCCGGGACGUCGGAUGAACACCUGUCGGUUGUGCAGUACCUGACCGCGGCACGCAUCGAUGGGGUGGUGUUAAUCACCACUCCUCAGGAAGUGUCACUCCAGGAUGUGCGGAAGGAAAUCAACUUCUGCCACAAAGUGAAGCUGCCCAUCCUGGGGGUGGUAGAGAACAUGAGCGGCUUCAUCUGUCCCAACUGCAAGAAAGAAUCUCAGAUAUUCCCUCCCACUACUGGCGGUGCAGCAGCCAUGUGCCAGGACCUGAAUGUGCCUCUCCUUGGCAGAGUGCCUCUGGAUCCACACAUAGGUAAGAGCUGUGACAAAGGCCAGUCAUUUUUGGUUGAAGCGCCAGAUUCACCAGCCACCUUAGCCUACAGAAGCAUAAUUCAGAGAAUCCAAGAAUUUUGUAAUCUCCAUCAGUCAAAGGAAGAGAACCUCAUCAGUUCCUGACAUGAGAUAAUGCUGACCCCAGCAGUCUCUGAGCUGAGGAGCUCGCCAGGCGGCUGCACACCAGUCAGGCCUGACCAGCGCGGGACAGGGAGGGGCCCCACAGGCAGAAAGGGACCCGAUGCUGGUGUGGUUUGAAGUCACUUCCUCAGAGACACUUUAAUCAUCUGAUGUUUGUACACUUUUCUUUAGCACAUAUGUAAAGGGCAUUCUUUACAAAUGUGCCAUUUUAAAAAUAAAAACGCCUCCAUGAACCUCCAAGGCCUGUUUCACGUAAAAAACAAGCAGCUGUGGGACCGUGGGAUUCUGCUCCGUUGGAAGCUUCUUCAGUCACAAAGUCCCAUCUAAGCCAUUUCUGCCUCUGAAGACAAGCCUAAUAAAAGAGCCAAAGGAAGAA